AUGCAGUCCAUGGGAGAAGUGCUUUGCUCGAGCGCAGCAAAGAGCGAGCAAGCCAAACUUGAGUACCAGACAGCGCAACAUAUUCAACACCAACUUCAGCAGGUGCUGCCUCCGCCUCGAAAUUCUUCGAGCGUGCUUUCCAGACUUCAAGGAUCACCUCGGGUACGACGACACGCGAGCCUUGCAGGUGCUUCGGAGCAAGGCAUCUCGAGCGAUCCGCUUUGCAGUAGCGAUCAGUCUUCGAGUGGUGGGCGCUUUCACUCGAGAGAGUUUCGCGAAGGUAAGGUCGUCCAGACGGAGCUGGUGUGGAAAGGCAAGCGACUUGUUUGGUCUGCUGGCGGUAGGCUGGUGAGACAAUUCACCUACGAUGACGAGGUGCUGCAAGCUUGCUGGGCGUGGAUGAACACUGCGGAUCAACAAGAGGCUCACGAGGUACUCUUCUCCAGCAGCGGUGAAAAGAGUCGCGACGAAACAGAGAUUCCGACGACACGCAGCGGAUCAGGCUUGCUGGUUGCAGUGGAUGACACUUUAUCUCCGGCGCAGAAACAGUUUCGCAAAAUACCUCCGCAGCGGAAAGCGGCGAACACACUUCGACAGCGCCAGCGGGCCCUUUGCGUCUUCAUGCCCUCGACCCUCCUUCUCUACUUCCCUGAUACGGGUGCGCAACAAACCGUGGCCAUACCCUUCGAGCUCCGGGCUGUAUUUCCUGCCCGCACCGGCCUUUUCAUCACCCGUGAGCAAGAGAAGGAGGAUGAGAGGAGGGCAAAACGUGCUCGCGCGGAUGCUGCCAGCUCGCGCUCUGCAGAUGAACAGCCUCUGGCGUCGCUCUUCUAUAUCAGUCGCUUGUUCCAAGAGUGGGUUCCAGUCGAGAAGCAUGGUGAUGCUUCCUCCAGCUUCAACGACCUAAAUGAGGAGGUGAUCUUUGUUGGCGCCGAGGAUCCUCCUUCUGGUCAAUCGUGGCCCAUGCUCGUCACAAUCAGCAGAGAACACCAUCGCGUACGCAUUUAUAGCUACCAUGUGGCCCUCAGACCUAGAGUCGAGCUGAUGGAUGCUUCAGACAACGUAGUGCCGGGCAAAUUAGACGGAAGUGCCGCCGCAACGUCGGCAGCGGCAAGCACGUCUCAGAGACCUUCUUACACGAGGGCGCCAUCAUCCAAAGCAGACCUCACCUUUCAGCAAUCACACGCCUCGAUCGGUCAGGGCAGACCGUCUCAGGCACCGCAAUCGCAGGCACGCGCUUCGCAGGCAUCCAUUGGUCAAGGUCGGCCUUCUACCCGCGCGCGCUUGAGCUCCAUCAGAGUUCCAAGUCGAGCUCGAGGUUCCAGCCAACGAGUGACGGAUGAUCUGGCUGGACUGCUGAACGGGGCUGGAAGCGGUGUUGGAGGUCCCACCAAUGGUCAGCCCUCUUUGCUGCCUGAUACCGUCGGCACACCAUUCUCAGCAGGCGGUCCAGCUGCGAACACGCGGCUGAGAAGGGCUUCUCAGACUCAGCAGGCCAUGGAGAUGAGUGUUGCUGCUCGCACACCCUUCACAAACCAGCGCACGACGAGCAGGCAGGUCUCCUCCCGUGUCAGCAUCAGCAGAGGCAGAUCUAGCAUCAAUUCAACACGACAACCGGAUGUGAGCGCGCUUCUGGACCUCGACAAUCAAUCUGAUGCCGCACCCGCCAUAUCCACCGAGACUCAACGCCAGACGCUCUUGCCAGCUGCGCCUCGUCCGCCUCGAGAGGAGGCUUACGAGUCGGAGUACCCGACAGAGAGAGCCUGCGUGGCGUUGCUCGAUGAGAUCCCGCUGGACCACUGGGAUUCGUGAGUAUCUUUGCUCGUGUGUAGAGCGAAGCUGUCCCAUCCUAUUGCGCUCACUCUCGCCAGCGACUCAUGUCUCUCGGCUACCAGUGACACGACCAAUUCGUACAGAAGCACUGCAUUCGUCAUUGCUAGUGGGAUUUGCAUUGUCAUUCCUGCUGCCAAGCGAAUCAUCAUUCGGCAAGCAAGGACGAACCAGCGUGGUGGCUUAGAUCUGCACAACCCAGCCGCACAAUGGUCCAACAGUCCAACGGACUGCAUCGAUGCCUGCGCUGUUGGAGAAAAUGAUGGACUGGCCAUUCUUCACCGUCACUACAUUGAGUGGUACCCUGAUGCUCUACAAGAAAGCCAAAGCAUCUCAGUGAAGCUUGAUGUAGCAGCUGGUCAGCCAAUAAGGCUACAACCUCGAGGGAGAUUCUGCGUAGAGGUCACGUUCUUGCUGAACAAGAAAUUGCUGGCUCAAAGCGUGACGCUCUUUCGCUCGCCAAGCUGUUCCACCACAAUUCGAGUCCUUGACGCACUCCGAUUAGCUCUUCCAGCUCCUCUUGCUUCCACCCUCAUUUCGCGCUGGAACGAGUCCGAUUUGCCUCGGGGGCUCGUCAGCACAUCAAGCGAUUGGCACGCGCUGCUGGAGCUGCUCGCUCCCUCUGGGAAUGUGAAGGCGGUAGGCAAGACGCCAUACCAUCUCCUCCUCUCUCGAGCACACCAUCGUUACGGGCGUGACCAGCUCCUGGGCGCCAAUGCUCGAGAUGCAGCAGCACCAGGGGACCCAAUCGCCCCAAAUGACGCCAGGCACAAGGAGGAGGAUGUGCUAGUGUUGCAGAUCGUUCACGCUCUGGCGCAAGACGCUAGAUUAGAGACCCGUGCGUGUGCAAUCCAGUUGCCUUGGCUGGCUGAGCUUGCGGCUCGAUUGGCUGCGCGGUGCGGCUGGACCCAAUGGGUCGACUAUUGGGCCCGCGUGUUUCCCGAGGUGUGGAGGAUGAGCAACGGUGAGUGUCAGAAGGAUGUCCCUUUGUGACUAUAGCUUUCGCCGUCUGAUUGUGGAAAAUCUGGUCUUUGAAGAUACCGGAGCAUCCGGUGAAGAGCCGGACCCACCGGACGCUCUGGCUCUCCUCGCAGCUCAAAUGACGGGCCGAAGGAGCGUGCAGCCUAAGGACUUGCUAGGUGGUCGGACGGAAGUCUCUUCUCAUAAGCUCGAGAAUCUAUUGCCGAACGCCGCCCGCCUCCUGCGGGUGUUUGAGGCAUUCGGUGCUCAGACGAAUCAAAGCAUGAGCGCGCAGCCCCUCGAUCAGCGCAGAGCAGCUCAAGUGUUGGGAGCCAUGCUGCAAGAGCAAGUGAGGCCAACUGAAUUCGCCGGACCGCUCACGCCAUUAGCUGCGCCACUGUUCGAAGCUCUUCGAUUGUGUCAAGCUGAUCCGCCUAGCAACCUGAGCGGGGAAGCACUGAAGCUCAUUGAAAGAGCGGAUCUCGCCGCCAGCGUGAAUACCUCUGAUCUUCAGUGGCCGAACACAUUUGUACGUGCUUCUAUGCGUAGUCUUUGGCGCGUACUGAAGCGGCUCUUUCCUCGCUCCUGCACAGCUCCCGAUGUCCUUUGUGCUAGAGCCGUCGGUGCCAAAGCACACGGUAUCUGCGCGUCUCAAUCCAGUCGUCGCGAUGUUGUUCAGUGCAGAUCUUCGCCUCAGAGACGUGCUCCAAAUGCUGCAGACUCGUGGGCGGACAUUGGUCAUGCAUCCCUCAGUGGACACUUUGAAGUGAGACUACGUUUCAGGCGAGAUGAGUGCACUGGAGAACUUCGCUGACCUCUAUACCUGCGAAUACCCGGCUUUAGUGAUGCUGCAGCGAAGGAAACCAUUCUGCGGGUACUUCACGGGGCGCAAGAGCGAAUCAAGGCAACCAGCGUUGGACGGGGCAUGUUGCACAUUGCAACGCAUCUGCACAACCCUACGGUGAAAUGGCGCGUCCCCAAGCUGAGCUUCGAUCUUCACGUGGUACCGCCACCGAGCGUGGAGUACGAGUAUGUUCCGCCGCGCAGCGAGGGGGGCGAGUUGGACUGGCCAGAGUUUCACAAUGGCACCGCAUCCGCUCUGGAGAUUGCCGUCCGUGGCGCACCGCUCGAGUCGGGGUGGAUCUUCGGCCAACAUGGUUCGGAAGUAAGCAAUCGAGACGCCGGAUUCUUGCUUGGGAUUGGGCUUCUUGGACAGCUGGGCGGACUGGGCCGUGUGCAUGUCCUCAAGCUACUGCUGCCUCGUACAGGAGGCCUUGCUGCGGUGGGGCUAUUGCUAGGCCUGGGCGCCUCACUCAUAGGCUCCGGCGAUCCAGCCGCCAGACAUCUGAUAGCCACUCACCUACCCGCUUUCCAGCCGCAAGGAGCUCACAACCUCAAUUUGUCGAUGCUGGAGCAAGCAGCCGCUCUCCUAGGCAUGGCCCUCCUUUUCAUGGGUAGCGACCACGCUUGGACCGCGAAACGAAUGCUUGAUCAGAUCGGCAGCAACGAGGUCCGAGCGUCUCAGCCUCACGAGCUAGAGAGAGAAGCCUACUCUCUUUCCGCAGCCUUGGGUCUUGGGUUGGUGUUGCUGGGCAAAGCUCGCCGUACUGGUAUGCGUACUGGUCCUGAUCGCCUCAUCCUGACCAAAUUGGAGCAGUUGAUGUCAGGCAAGCUGCCAAGCCUCUUUCAAGACGACGCUAAUCAAAGCAACCUAGAGUGGCAAGUGGACACGGCGACCACCAGCAGCCCGGCUGCCAUUGCUCUGGGCCUGAUCUACCUCAAAAGUGACUGUGAGGAAGUCGCAGAUGCCAUUCCCUUCCCAAGGAGCAUCGCUGAGCUUGAGUCGAUUAGACCAGACUUCUUACUGAUUCGGACGCUCGCGCGGUGCCUGAUACUGUGGAGCUCUAUACGCCCCAGCACCGAUUGGAUCGAUUCAGCGCUACCUCGAUUCCUAGCCAAAGUGGUCUCAUCGAGUCGCCCGGGGGAGACGGCUCAGCUUGCCAGCCUCAACAUACGAGCAGGUGCCGCUUUCGCCAUAGCAUUGAGGUACGCCGGCUCGCACGACCCUCAAGCUUAUGCGUGCCUGAUGAAGGAGCUCAAUGCCAACCUCGAAAAGGCCAAAGCAGAGCCGACUACAUUCUUUCAGAAGAUCCGUCAAGCUGCUCUGCGCUCGUGUGCCGAUCUACUCAGCAUCUCUGCGGCGAUGGUCAUGGCAGGGUCUGGAGACUUGCCGCUCCUGAAGCACCUCAGAAUAGCUCACGGUCGCACAGACGCAGGAUACGGUUCACAGAUGGCUUGCCAUAUGGCAUUGGGGCUGCUUUUCCUUGGCGGCGGCCGUUUUACGCUCGGAACUUCAGAUUCGGCAAUAGCGGCCAUGAUCAUGGCCUUCUAUCCUCGCUUUCCAAGCUCAAGCAGCGACAAUCGUGUCCAUCCCCAGCCCUGCAGACACCUUUGGGUCCUCGCCGUUGAGCCGCGCUUACUAGUUGCGCAAGACAUUGAGUCAAAGCAGCUGCUCUACCUGCCUAUCCGGAUCAAAAGUCAAGGCGAGGAGAAAGUGGUCCAGACGCCUGCACAGCUGCCCGCCUUGCAUCAGAUAGAAGAAAUUCAAUCAGCCUCCGAUGCGUAUUGGCCGACUUCGCUUCGCCUACAAUCGAGCCAAUCGGAUGCACAAGUGUUGCUCGGACGUCGUUGCAUGUUUGUGAAGCAACGACGAGUGUCAACAGAGGUACGCAGCGGACGAGCAGAGCGCAAACGUCUACUCAGCGCUGUGAACGAUCCGAAGUUUCGCCUCUAUCUAAAAGAGGUUGGCGCCAACAAAUAUUACGCGGACGCUGUUCUAGCAGCGCAGAUUCAGUCGACCAUCGUACCCAUGCAGCUAGAACCCGUGAUACCGAGGAGCGGGCCCAGCUCCGUGUUGAGGUCACAAAUCUCGAAAGCUUCGCGUGCAGAGCGAGGAGCGCAAGAUGAUGCAGCACAGCACAAGCAACGUGUCGCGCAGAAUGAUUUGACUUCGCGCACGCUGGUCGGACCAACAGAUCAACAGAUCGACUCUUUGCGCGCCUACAUAGAGCAUUUGGAUGCGCCCAUCGCACCGCCGCCAUCGGAGAUCAUCGAGGAACUAGGAGUUCCACCUCUACGUGUCUUGAAAGAGCUCCGAAGUCUGAUUCAGCACACGAGGCGCAGCAUCGCGCUGGAUGAAGAAAAGACAUCGUCCAUCCUUUUGAGCACGCUUCGACAUAUGAUCGAUGGCCCAGCACAGAACGCGGAGCUGCUCGCGGAGCUGUUGCUGUGCGCAUCUCGAUAG